UUAAUCUGACAGGAUGUUGGACUGAAAGCAAUCAGUGAUGCUAAUCUGCUGAAGACGAGUGUUUUUCGAGUCCUUCGCAAACAGUUCGGCAAAGAAAAAUACUUCACUGCCCUGGUUGACAUUUUCGAACAAGCUGAUUUUCGGGCAGUUGUUGGACAGAUUCAGCUGGAACUCAUGCGAAUUCAUCCUGCCAAAGAUGUUCGACGCUGUGUGACGGAUUAUGAGGACUGUUUUGUCGUCAGAAGUGGGGAAAAGCAUCCAAGAUACGAAUCCAUUCGAAAUGGUCGCUGUAACUGGCUCGCAGUUGAAAUAAUUCAACUUUUCAACAAUACGAAUGCCGUUGACAAUCUUUUGGAUAAUUACGGUGCUAAUGAUGAUGAAAAGUGCCGCAAAAUCCAAGAACUUUUUGCAAGUUGUGGGCUUUCCGAUGUACACAAAGAAUCCGUGGAGUACAAUUCGAAGGAAAUUCUCAAAUUGCUGAAUGCUCAUGUUCAGUUGGACGGUGUCCGAAGUGUACUUGAAGGAAUUUUGAAAGGACUUAUGGUGAUGGCUUAAAGUUCAAACUAUAAACAAUCGGUUGUAUUUCGAUAACCCAAGCAUUUUCCUUUUAUUCUUCUCGGAAACAAUCGAAGUUACUAAUUCUACUUGGCGCAACAUUUGUGAUGAAUACAACGCUUUUAUUUAUA